GCCGUAUUCGCUAUCUUUCACAGCUUGCAGACCGUCGCUUUGCAAUGAAUGAACGGAAAGCAGGCGCCGACGGCGGUUUCCAGCCUUCUUAUCAUGGACGAGCGCACGACCGUCAGCGCUUUUCGUGUUCCCUCCUCUUUUCCUUCUCUCUCCCACGAAGCACCCAACGUCGUUUUCACCGUUGGCGACGAGCAAGAGCCCCUUCUUUAAGUCUUGUUCAACAUGGUGAACAUCACAUACGACGCCUCCGGCGACCUUAACUGGUACGACGCCUCCUCGGAUACCACAGUGGUGUACAACCUGGGAGAUAUCGCAUGGAUUAUUUCCGCUACCGCACUCGUCUGGAUCAUGAUCCCCGGUGUUGGUUUCUUCUAUUCCGGUCUCCUUAGAAGGAAAAAUGCCCUCUCCAUGAUUUGGGCAAGUAUGAUGACACUUGCAGUCGUAUCUUUCGAGUGGUUCUUCUGGGGCUACUCGCUUGCAUUCAGCGAGACUGGCAACGCUUACAUCGGCGACUUGAAAUAUUUCGGCUUGAAGGGUGUCCUUGAACAACCCUCCAUUGGAUCCACUCGCAUUCCCGCCAUCGCAUUCUGCGUCUUCCAGCUCAUGUUCGCCGCCAUCACCCCCAUGCUCGCUCUCGGUGCCAUCGCUGAGCGCGCACGACUCGGCCCAACCCUCGUAUUCGUAUUCGUCUGGUCGACCAUCGUAUACAACCCUAUCGCCUGCUGGACCUGGAACUCCAACGGUUGGUCGUUCGUCAUGGGCGGUCUCGACUUUGCCGGCGGAACACCCGUUCACAUCUCCUCGGGUACCGCUGCGCUCGCCAUCAGUAUUUACCUCGGAAAGAGGAGAGGAUAUGGUACCGACCGCCUCGCGUACAAGCCCCAUAACACCACCUACGUCGUCCUCGGCACAGUGUUUCUGUGGUUCGGUUGGUUCGGCUUCAACGGUGGCUCCGCUUUGAGCGCCAACCUCCGUGCCCUCCAGGCUUGCAUCGUCACCAACUUGGCCGCCAGUGUCGGUGGAUUGACCUGGAUGUUCUGGGAUUGGAGGUUGGAGCGUAAAUGGUCCGCCGUUGGCUUCUGCUCUGGAGCUAUCGCUGGCCUUGUUGCUAUCACCCCUGGAUCUGGUUUCGUCGGUUCUCCCGCUGCUGUCCUUUUCGGUGUCCUUGGCGGAACAUGCUGCAACUUCGCCACUCAACUCAAGUUCCUCCUGAACUACGACGACUCGCUCGAUAUCUUCGCCGUCCACACCAUUGGCGGUAUCGUCGGUAACAUCCUCACCGGUCUCUUUGCCCAAGCCUCCGUCGCCGGCUUCGAUGGCGUCGCCGUAAUUCCCGGCGGUUGGCUCGACCACAACUACAUCCAGCUCGGAUACCAGCUCGCCGACUCCACCUCCGGUCUCGCCUACUCCUUCGUCAUGACCACCAUCAUCCUCUGGAUCAUGCACUUCAUCCCCGGGCUCCGUAUGCGCAUCGAGUCCGAGGAGGCUGAGAUCGUCGGGAUGGAUGAUUAUGAGAUGGGCGAGUUUGCGUAUGAUUAUGUUGGAUUGGAGAUGGAGAUUGGGCAUAGAGAUGAGGUGGCGGGUGUUGCGAAGGAUAGGGUUAAUGCUACGGAUGGUGGACGGGAGCCGAGACAUCAUCAUACGGCGCACAUUGAUGGAACGGGGAGCAGUGCGGAGAGCGAGGCGGAGAAGGCACAGGCUUAGAGCACAGUGACAUGGCUUCGAUGGCUAUAGAGUUUGCAGAGUAUAUCCCUACUUGCGCUAUCUCCCUUCCCCCCCUCAUUAUUUUUCGCCCACAUUUUCAUCAUCUACGUGUUCGAGUCCGAACAUCUAUGCAUACCACUGCUCCCUUUCUUGCGGGAUGACUGACUUCCAGUACCCUCCCUCCUCCCCGUCCUUCCGUCUUCUUUUUACUGUUAUAAUCCCACCCCUAUCGACACUGUUUACUACUGUUCUAUUUAUCUCGCAGGAUUGGGUCCACAUGUGUAUCGUUUGAGCGUUGAGUCGUUUAAUGAAAAUUCCC